AUGCGGUUUUCUCCUUUCGUUUCGUCCACAGUUCUCGCUGCUGGCUACGCCAGUGCCCACAACAGCAGCCUGUCCGACUCCGAUGCCGCCAUCUGGGACAACGUCAAUGACCUCCAUGUCCGGUCCGAGAUGCAGGAGCGUCUUGCCAAGCGCCAAACCACAUGGAACCCACCGUCUAACCUCGUCACGCCCCUGAAGCAGGUGCGGGAUCAUGAGAUGUCUACCUACAGUAACCCUCUUGGAUUCAAGAACUACGGAUACGAUCAACUGAUUGCCAAUAAAGGACAAGUCAACUACUGCGUCCGCUGGGAGUCCGGCACCGCAGUGACAGAAGCUCAGCGCAACCAGAUCGCCACCGUCCUCCAGGCUCAGCACGACAAGUGGAUGAAGUGGCUGAUCGGCUUCGACAAGUUCCCCUACAGCAGCGUUCCCGUCAAGGUUGUGGGCUGGGCGGUCCGCGAUAAGAACCUCCUCCAGGGCUCGACGUCAGGCAUCGACGUCUACACCAACCAGGACAGCGGAGGCAUCCCGGAGUGCGACCCCGCGUGCGGCCGCUUCUUCCACCAGGACAACAAUUACGGAUCCUGCCCCGGCGGCGCUGCCCGCCACUACGACGUCUCGCUCUGGCUCACUGAUGGUUUCUCGGGUGGUGCUGGUGGUGACUGGGGCCAGCGCAUUGGCCGCGAGUAUUUCAUGGGUGCCCUUGGGACGGCUAAUAUCCACAUUCUCUUGCACGAGAUGGGCCACACCUAUGCUCUUGAUGACUUCUAUGACUGGACACCAACUGGAGUUACCAACUUCAUCAUGCUUGCUGGAUCUGCUACCCAAAUCACUGAUUUCGAUGGCUGGAUGAUGCGGGAUUGGUGGCGUAACUUGAAGAGCCGCUAUGGUUUCUAA